AUGUUGGGAACUCUUCGAGAUGCACUUGCCAACGUUCAAAAUGAGAUUGCUAUCGGAGUAGAGAGGAUUCGUAGUAAUGUGGCGCCAUCAGCUCUGACGAUUCAACAAAAAUGCGUAGAAGAAGCUGUUGACGACAUCAUCAAAACUACUGCUGGGGGAGAGCUAUUGCUCAAAUUCCAAUGUAAUUUGCAAGAGAUGCGCGAAAAAGCUGAUGAGGGAGCACGACUAGCUAACUUGUGCAGUACUCGUAUGGGCAGAGCACAACAAAUGUGCAAAGAACGAGCGGAUGCUGUGCUUUCGAUUGACUCAUUUUUGCGUAAUCCAUAUGAUAUUGACAAACAACUUCGUGAUUUACACAAACAAGUGGAUAAAUUACAGCGGUUUUGCAACCAGACGGAACAAGCGUUGACUCAUUUAGAAGGUCUCCAGAUUGUUGCUCAAACGGAAGAAGAGGUUGAACUCAUUCGUCAACAGGCACGAACUGCGUCUACGAUAAUCAUUAUGGACUCAGGACCAGCAACUAUUUUAACAGCUCCAACAAGGCCUGACGAUGAAGUAAAACAGAAACAGGAAGAAGUAAUGUUGGAAGAAUUUUUAUCCACACAGAGCUAA